GGAGAGCACGGAGGUGUCCUUGCAGGUAGGCCCAGGCUGCUUCCUGGGACCUGUCACGACUAUCGAAAACAGUGGAUCCCCACGAGUUCUACUAUGAACUUGCGGCGUAUACCAGACUCGAUAUAGACAGAGGAUGGAGCAAGCAUAUGCUGUUGGAUACCAGGGUGAACGAGAAUUCCCUUCAACUUUCUAUAUUCAAUGUUACCAAUGUGGGCAUCCAACUGUCAUUGCCUGUCAUACCCGAUCGUCACAACUCCAAUCAAUGCUUCAAAGCCGUAUUGCCCUGUCGCGACCGUUACGGGCGUCUGGUUACCAUCAAACUAGCAUCCCGAGGGCUUAGCUCUUACAGGUCUUUGGGCCCUAUCACGUGGAUCCCUAACGAAGUGCCGGAGUUUAGGUCACUUCAUCUUGCUUACACUAAUGACGCUGCGGAGAGCCACAGCAACUUCAGCAUCGAUGACAGGCGCGCCUCAUGGUAUGGUUUCACCCGUUGCGGCACCUUGCCGUGCGGGAUCACUGGCAAUACUGUCACAUUCUCAUCGCAGGGAAACACUCUCAUUGUUUUGGUCUAUGCCAACAGUGAUACUGGAUCCCGCUUUGCAGUUGGACUUGGAUACUACCUUGGUCAAGUAUGGUCUCGCAUCGUCUGUGAUGAAUACCCUGCAAAGCAAGAUGCAUUGUUGUCGUGGUUAGACUUUGCCAAGCAAAUACAUGAUGACCUAUGGAAUACGCCUAUCCACGAGUCCCAUUUUCACAACACUUCCGACACCGUUAGGGAUACCCAUCUUCCCGGAACCAUUUGGGACGCAAGGGUUUUCUGUCGCAGCAAUGAUAGGAGCUACCUCAACGUGAUGAUUGGCAUCGAGCAGUGCCCUGGUUGUUGCAUCGGGCCACGUGAACACACGUGCAUGCUUGAGAGCUACGAACUAUGGCUCCCGUGGAUAUCAAAAAGUUAUGGUUCUCAUCAGCUGCGAUUGGAUGGAGAACCCGCAAAAUUUGAUUUGUGUCGUGAUAAAGAGAUUGCAGCUGGGCGAUUAUGGAGACUCUUCUAAUGGCAAUUUCGAACGGUGCGGUAACAUGUUCGACGAUAUGCAGAGACUUGGUAUCGAUCCCACGCAUUCGCCUUAUCGCCCAGUCGUCUCUCGUGUAUCCAGCUACAAAAGGGGGUUGCGUCGUGUGCAGACUCAGGACGACAUUGUCGUAACAUCUUCCUCGGGCGAAAGCAUGGUACUGCAUCAACCAAAGGGCCUGUCAGCUUCCGAACAAUGAAGAAAUCGAAGCUAUUGUUGAAAGCCCUGUCUACCCGUCUUGCAGGCAAGCACCUCGUGACAACAAUCGUGCAGUGCUCACGAUUCUACGAAAUCGAUCAUGAGGAGAAGCAGAGGAACUUGGGAGGUGCAGAGUCAGU